AUGCUUAGAUAUCAAGCUUCUGACUUCCUGGAUCCUCCAACUCAGGCCCUAUUAGAGUUCUACACUGUGCUGAAAGCCGCAUUAGUCAUCCAAAACUGGUACCGGCGGUACAGAGCUCGACUUAUGGCUAGACAGCAUUAUGCCCUCGCCAUCUUCCAGUCUAUCGAAUAUGCUGAUGAGCAAGGCCAAAUGCAGCUGUCCAACUUCUUUUCCUUCAUGUUGGAAAACUACACAAAGAAUGAAGAGUCAGCAAGAGUAAGUCGACUUUUUGAAAAACCUAUGCAGGAAAACAAGGAUAGACAGGAAUAUUUGGGGUUGAUAGACGUACCCAACUCUUACGAUGGCCCUCGGCUGCAGUUUCCUCUCACGUUUACUGACAUCGAUUUACUUCUUCGGGCCUUCAAGAAACACCAGGUAACCUCAACAGAAGCUGCUCUGGUUCUUGUUCACACCUAUCAGAUGCAGGGAUGA